AUGUCCGAACAAUACUCUGUCGCAGUCGGUAAAGCUGCCAAUGAGCAUGAGACUGCCCCUAGAAGAAAUAUCAGAGUUAAGAAGCGGCCCUUAAUUAGACCAUUGAACUCGUCAGCAUCUACUCUGUACGAAUUUGCCUUGGAAUGUUUCAAUAAGGGCGGUAAGCGAGAUGGUAUGGCUUGGAGAGACGUUAUCGAGAUUCAUGAGACAAAGAAAACUGUCGUUAGAAAAGUAGACGGUAAAGAAAAAUCUACAGAAAAGUCCUGGUUGUACUACGAAAUGACACCAUAUAAAACUAUGACCUACCAAGAACUGACAUGGACUAUGCACGACAUGGGUCGUGGGCUGGUAAAAAUUGGUAUCAAGCCCAAUGGAGAACAAAAGUUUCACAUCUUCGCAUCUACUUCACAUAAAUGGAUGAAGACUUUCCUUGGUUGCAUAUCCCAGGGUAUUCCUGUAGUAACUGCUUAUGAUACUUUGGGUGAGAGUGGUUUGAUUCACUCUAUGGUCGAAACUGAGUCUUCUGCCAUUUUCACUGACAAUCAAUUACUGGCCAAAAUGAUAGUGCCAUUACAAUCGGCCAGAGAUAUCAAAAUCCUUAUCCAUAACGAACCUAUCGAUCCAAAUGACAAGAGACAAAACGGUAAACUUUAUAAAGCUGCCAAAGACGCAAUUAAUAAGAUCAGAGAAGUUAGACCAGACAUAAAAAUUUACAGUUUCGAGGAGGUCAUCAAAAUAGGUAAAAAAAGCAAAGAUGAGAUUGUUCUUCACCCACCUAAGCCAGAGGACUUGGCUUGUAUCAUGUACACUUCAGGCUCAAUCGGUGCACCAAAGGGUGUGAUGUUAACACAUUAUAACAUUGUGUCUGGUAUUGCUGGUGUGGGCCACAACGUUUUUGGAUGGAUUGGCGCUACAGAUCGUGUUUUGUCGUUCCUACCACUGGCUCACAUCUUUGAACUGAUCUUUGAAUUCGAAGCCUUUUACUGGAAUGGUAUUCUUGGGUAUGGUAGUGUUAAAACUUUGACCAAUACCUCGACACGUAAUUGCAAGGGUGAUUUGAUCGAAUUCAAGCCUACUAUAAUGAUUGGUGUGGCUGCCGUCUGGGAAACAGUGAGGAAGGCUAUUCUAGAAAAGAUAAACGAUUUAUCUCCCGUGCUUCAAAAGAUUUUCUGGUCUGCUUAUAGCAUGAAAGAAAAGAAUGUACCAUGUACUGGAUUUUUGAGUCGUAUGGUUUUCAAAAAAGUCAGACAGGCCACCGGCGGUCAUCUAAAGUUUAUCAUGAACGGUGGAUCUGCAAUUAGUAUAGACGCUCAAAAAUUUUUCUCCAUUGUUCUGUGCCCCAUGAUUAUCGGAUACGGGUUAACUGAAACAGUUGCCAAUGCUUGUGUUUUGGAGCCUGAUCAUCUUGAAUAUGGUAUUGUCGGUGAUCUUGUUGGAUCUAUUACUGCCAAAUUAGUGGAUGUUAAGGAUUUGGGUUAUUUUGCAAAAAACAAUCAAGGAGAGUUGCUACUAAAGGGUGCGCCCGUCUGUUCUGAAUACUAUAAAAAUCCUAUAGAAACGGCGGUCGCCUUUACCUAUGAUGGCUGGUUUCGUACUGGUGAUAUUGUUGAAUGGACUCCCAAGGGACAAAUUAAAAUUAUUGAUAGAAGAAAGAAUUUGGUCAAAACUCUAAAUGGUGAGUAUAUUGCAUUAGAAAAGUUAGAAUCUGUUUACAGAUCAAAUUCCUAUGUGAAAAACAUUUGUGUUUAUGCGGAUGAAAGUAGAGUUAAACCAGUGGGUAUUGUAGUACCCAAUCUGGGACCUUUAUCCAAGUUUGCCAUUAAAUCACGUUUAAUGAAGAAAGGUGAAGACAUCGAAAAUCAUAUCCAUGAAAAAGCAUUACGAAACGCCGUUUUCAAGGAGAUGAUUGUAACGGCCAAAUCUCAAGGUUUGAUUGGUAUUGAACUGCUAUGUGGUAUUGUUUUCUUUGAUGAGGAAUGGACACCUGAAAGUGGCUUUGUCACAUCUGCGCAAAAAUUAAAGAGAAGAGAAAUUUUAGCUGCUGUGAAAUCAGAAGUUGAAAAAGUUUACCAAGAAAAUACUUAG